AGGCUUUGGGGAGUCGAGGAGAAAAGUUUCGUUUUCCCAAAACUGGCGCCGAGUUUUCAGUUUCGUUUCAGGACCCGAGAGCACAAGUUGGCAUUUCUCCGGGCUGCGUCUGCAGGCUCAGGGCGUCAUUUUGAAAGAGGUGACAGAAGAGGAGGUGUUGAGAGAGCAUCUUAGAGGACUGAAAUACAAAGAAAAGGAGAAAAGCAAGAGUAACGAAAGAAGGAGAUCGGGUGAAAAAAUAAAGAGGUGUCGUCAUGUCUUCUGUCAUUCCACGGCUGGACAAGCAGACGGAGAAGCAGCUCCUCUCCCUAUUUGAGGGGCACGUUAAGUUCAGCCUGCUCUACAAGGGCAGCCUGCAUGGCUUCAGUGUGUCUGAUAUAUUCCAGAAGAGCAUUAAUCAGGGCUGCAUCAUGAUGGUGGGCUACUUGGCAGAUGAUGUCAUAGUGGGAGGCUGCACAAGUCAGUGGCUCAGAGAUCAGUAUGCAGCAUUCAAGGAUGAAAAGGCCUUUUACUUCUACAUUGAGCAGUCUGAGCUGGAUAGGACCUCUGUGAAGUCUGUCACAGCUACCAUCAACAUGAUCAACUUUGAGAAUGGCCUGAAGUUCCAUUUGUCCAAAACAAACACUUCAAAACUAUUUGCCACUAGAGUUGACCUGGAGGAAGAAGAAAAAGUCCUGCAAGAGCUGGAGGUGUACCGGGUGGAAGACCUCGGUGACCUGCUGGACUCCCCCUGGCGAGAGCUGUACUGGGAUGAAGAGAUAAGGGACCAACUGAAAAACUCCAUCAUCAACUACAAGCCUCCCCUUAACUUGGUCUCCAAGACAAAGGUCCUGCUUGUGGGCCCUGUGGGUGCAGGCAAGUCGAGUUUCAUCAGCUCAGUGGGCUCUGUUUUUCAUGGUUGGGUUGCCCUCCGUGCAAUGGUGGGCACGGCGGCGCAGAGUUUUACCAACAUGUUUAGAUCAUACAACAUCAAAACUUCACAAGCUGGAGAACAGAACCCGCUGGUUCUGUGUGACAUGAUGGGAUUGGGAGAAGAAGACCUACCAGGGGUGAAGGUGAACGAUGUGCUGCAGGCAGUGAAGGGGCAUGUGCCCGAGGGGUACAAGUUCAACUCAUCUGAAGCCAUUGGCAGUGACACCAGAGGGUACAUCAGUACGCCGGGCAUAGCAAACAAAAUCGCCUGCGUGGCCUUUGUGGUCGAUGCCAGGAAAGUGCAGACCUACCCUGAUGACAUCCAGGAAGGGCUGCAGGAGCUGCGGCUGAAGAUCCGAGACCUUGGGGUGCCACAGGUGGCUCUGCUGACUCACAUCGAUGAGGUCUGCCACGCCGUCGAUAAGGACGUGAGUCGUGUUUAUGUGUGCCGACACAUCCAAGACAAGGUGACCGCCGCUGGUAAUCUGCUCGGCCUGCCCGUCUCCUGCAUCGUCCCAGUGAGGAACUACUCAUCUGAGCUGGAGUUGGACUGCAGCACCGACAUCCUAAUCCUCAAUGCUCUGGAGCUCAUCCUGCGAUACGCUGAUUUGUUUUAUGAGGAUUACGACUUUUUCAAAGCCAUUCAGUAAUGUGUGUUGGCGUCAGGUUGCCAUCUUAUUAGAAUCAGCAGUUUUAGGCUCAUUUUUGUUUGCUGUGGACACAACGUCCAUUUAUAACAUUUUGUUAACAUUGCCAAGUUGGCUAAACUGGAUGGAGUUUGUUUCGUCUUGGUGGAGAUCUCUGUUACUCUCCUUUGCCCUUUUAUAUUCUUUAUUGUGCCACCUUUGUCAGGAUGCCUCAAAUCCCAGGGUCUUAGCACCGUUUAUAAGGUAUUGGACUUUCUAACUUCUCACCUCCUUCUCUUCUACAUUUAUAACCUCAGGCAAUUACACAGAGUAAAAGACAAGCAGGCGCUAAGUUACAACUUCUGGUAAUAUUCAUAAUGUAAUAACAAUAAGCAAAGUACAAGUGGAAAUUGGCAACUGUACCACCUGAUCAAUGCUGAUGUGUCGUUUCAGGCGGCACACGGACUCGUUUGUCACUUUAAAUGUCUCCGGUUAAGUCAGUCGUUUCUAGUGCGCUUUCUUCAGAACAGGCCUGUCUCAAUAUGGCUGCCAAGCUGUGCUCUUCUUUUCAGGUCCAUAAUGUGUGAGAGAUGCUCCUUCAUUGUGAUGGUGUGACAAAGAAACAGAGGGUGGGGCAAGCAAAUUUGUAGACAUUUUGUCCAAACCCUACAGCCAAUAGGGCGUUGUGGUUCUUAAUGGCUUCUGAUUUAAAACCAAACAGGCAACGUUAGACCACCAGAAUACUGGUGUGACCCAAUGGUCUCACACCUGCCCUCCGAUGCCAUCUGUUGAACUGAUGUUUGCCAGCAGGGUAGUUGGCCUCCAUGAGGGGGUUGGUUGAGAGGGUCCUGCAGAGAGUCACUGGCCAAAUUGGUUUGAGGCGCUUCCCCCAGUACUGUCGUUAAAUUCAAUAUCCUGACGUAGUCCUAAGGUUGGUUUAGUUAAACGUCACACCACUGCUGUUCUUAUCAAUGAUAUACGUUAUAAGUUACAAGUAAAGACAUACGCAAUAUUUAUCAACUCAUACGCAACAUUUCACAGCUCAACAGAGAUGCCCAUUGGACCGCCAUCAUUUGCUCAUUACCCCAGAAACUGACCAGUGUGUGCAGAAGGAAACUUUCUUUGUGUUCAAGGAGACUCAGCCGCCCAGCAGAACCUCCUGGUGGUUACGAAGUGUCGAGUCUGUGGCCACAGAGCACAGAAUGGCGUGACGUGACUUCUUCACUGCGACUCGAUCAGGUGACUUUCCAGCUGGGGUGUUCACAGAGGUGUGCCUACUGUGGCUCAAGUCCCUCCUCUUUCUCCUCAUUGGCCCAAGUGCCCUUUCUCCUGUUAGGCGCUGACCAAUCACGUUCCAGCACACUUCUUAUAGCU